AUGCAGGAUCAGUCAGAGUCAUCAUCUAUCUCCUCAAAAAUGGGCCCUCUCCGAGAUAUAAGAAACAAAAAGAGGAAGGACAAACAAAUUACACCAAUAAUUGAUGCAGAUUUGUUGGAAAGUAUCAACAAAGAAAAUCCAGUAACUGAAGAAGAAGAAGAAGAAGAAGAAGAAGAAGAAGAAAGCGAUCUUUCCAAACAAAGGAAAUCAUUGCAAGAGCAACAGAAGAUGGUGCAAGAACUACAAAGAAAGCUGAUAGAACAGGAAAAGAAGCUGGAGAUGAGAGAACAAAAAAAGAUGGUUGAGAAAGAAAUGGAAGAUAAAGAAAAAAAUUCAAUCGAAGAUCCUGAGAAGCAGGAAGAACAUGAAAAGGAUGAGGAUGAGGUAAAAGUGCCUGAAGGGCAGGAAGAACCUGAGAGGAAAGAUGAAGCAGAUGGAACAAACACGGAAACAGUUCCCAUGUUACAAAAUGAAAUGAAGAAAGAUGGACAAGAAGCUGGCGAGGAACCUCAAAAAUCAAAGGGGAAAUCUAAGAAAACAGUACCAAACAGAAAAAGAACAAGUCCAAUGCUGAAGGAAGAAUUUCCUGCUCUUAUCAAAGAGAGGGGUAGCAAAAUUAAUCAGAUAGUUGUGAGGGAAGUUUAUAAAGACGAGGAAGAUGAAGAAGAAGGUGAAGAAGAAGUGGAAAGUGAGGCUGUAAUAAAGAAGGGGAAAAGAGUAGUUGAGAAGAGAGGUACAAAAGGUAAACAAAUUGUUGUUGCUGAUGAGGUCAUGGAGGAUAUGGAUGAUGAGGAAGAAAAUGCUUUGGUUGUUGCCAAACCAAAAGGCUGA